AAGGGGAGGAGCUCAGAUAUGGGUGGAGCUUAAAUUAAUUUAGAAUGAUGCAGGUAGUUGGGCGGGGUCAAAGACCCAGGAGGUAGAGGUGUGGCCUAGAGAAAAUACAUAACAACGUGCAGGGUUGGGGACACGGCCCAGAAGGUAGGCGUAACCCACCGAGAGGAGGCCAGCUUUGGCUCACCUCAAAGUAGCGGCUGAGCCUGUAGUUAAGAGGCGGAGCUAGAACGGAGAAGAUUAGGAUGUCUGAGGCUGUGUGCUUGAAUGGAUCGACAGGAACUGGAAAAGAAGCAACUGAGGUCCCCGGGCAAGACCCAGAAGUGGAGGGGUCGAACUAAAAAAGAAAGGAUUUAAAGAUUUUGAGGCUGGGGGCGGGACCACGGAAGUGGGCGGAGCUUAGAGGGAGCUAGGCUGGGGACCCGAAACCCAAAGUAGAAAACAUUGAUUCUAGAAUUCGUUUCCCUGCAACACUGUUUACUUCUAUGACUCAGUUUCCUCUUCACUAAAUCGGAGAGGAUGCAAAAUCGUGGUAGCACGUGGUAAGUGCUAAUUUUUUUUAUUAUUUUCCGUGACCCAGAUCCCAACCUUCGCUUUGAAGGUGCAGGAGAGAGGACACCCAGGAGUCCAAUCCCUUCUAGUAACUCGAGUGCAGGUCAAGGACAUAGGAAGGAGAUUUAGGUGGUUUAAAAUCUCACAGUGGAGGGGAUUAAUGGAGUGGUGGCGGGGCGGGGGGGCGAAGGGGGGCGGGUGCAGGGUGGAGGCUUCCUGAUCCCAGGGCUGAAGGAUGGCGGCCUUUGCCCGCCUGCUGGAAUGUCUCCUUUGGUCAGCUCGCAAAGAACAGGAGGCAGAAGAGGAGGAGGAGGAGAGACGGAGGACUCACGACGGGCCUCGGUCGCUCCUGGACGCGCCGCGAUGCUUCCAGCGGCCACACGGGGGUGCGGCCGCGUCUUGGGGACUGCGCUUUGGGGCGAGCGCUGUGCAGGGCUGGCGCGCGCACAUGGAGGACGCGCAUUGCGCUUGGCUCGCUCUGCCCGGGCUACCCCCAGGCUGGGCUUUCUUCGCGGUCCUCGAUGGCCACGGCGGGGCGCGAGCCUCCCUCUUCGGCGCGCGCCACCUGCCUGGCCACGUGUUUGAGGCGCUGGGCACCGCGCCCGACGAGCCCGAGGGAGUGCGCGGGGCGCUGCGUCGAGCCUUCCUGAACGCAGACGCACGCCUGCGUGCGCUCUGGCCUCGUGGCGAGCCGGGGGGCUCCACCGCCGUGGCGUUGCUCGUCUCCCCGCGUUUUCUGUACCUGGCGCACUGUGGUGACUCCCGAGCGAUGCUGAGUCGCUCCGGCGCUGUGGCCUUCAGCACCGAGGACCAUCGGCCUCUCCGGCCUCGGGAACGCGAGCGCAUCCACAACGCGGGAGGCACCAUCCGCCGCCGGCGCCUCGAAGGCUCUCUGGCGGUAUCCCGGGCACUGGGCGACUUUGCUUACAAAGAGGCUCCGGGAAGGCCUCCUGAACUGCAGCUCGUUUCCGCGGAGCCUGAGGUGACCGCCCUGGCUCGCCAGGCUGAGGACGAGUUCAUGCUAUUGGCCUCUGAUGGUGUUUGGGACGCGAUGUCUGGCGCCGCCCUGGCGAGACUGGUGGCAUCGCGCCUCUGCCUGGGCCUGGCCCCGGAACUUCUCUGCGCGCAGCUAUUGGACACGUGUCUCUGCAAGGGCAGCUUGGACAACAUGACCUGCGUCCUGGUCUGCUUCCCCGGGGCCCCCAGGCCUUGUGAGGAGGCAAUCAGGAAGGAGCUAGCGCUGGACGCAGACCUGGGCCGCAGGGUCUCUGAGCUGUAUUCCUCUGCUCAGGAGCCCCCCAGCCUGAACACGGUUUUCAGGACUCUGGCCUCAGAGGACAUCCCAGAUUUACCUCCUGGGGGAGGGCUCUACUGCAAGGUCGCUGUCAUUGCUGAAGCUUAUUCUCGGCUCUGCCAGGCCUCAGGGGGGCGCUGGCAGAAGGGCCCAAAUGGGGCCAGAAAACCCACUGGCACCCAUUCAAACUCUUUCUUGGACUUGGAGGCCUGACAGCUGUUGCCCUCUGGGGACCCUCUGCCACUUGGGGCCUCAAGGUCACUAAGGAAGAAAACUCCCCUUCCCCAGCUACACAGAUCGGCGGAAGGAAGACAAACCGAUGGAGGAACCCCAGAAUGUUUAUUUCCCCUUCUCCUACUUCCCUCUCACAGAAAGUCUCAUGAGAGGGGAAAUUCCACUCACCAUCUGAAAACAAAAAACAAAAAUCAAACCACCCCAAA